GAAGCCCGGGGCGCGGGAAAAGCGAGGCGACGGGCCGGCCGAGGCGGGUGUGGCCGAGGCGCCGAGGCCGAGGAGGAAGAGCCGCCUCUCUGAGGAGGAGCCGCCGGCGGGGAGGGACCCCGAUGAGGACCGGGUGAUACACCGAGCCCACUGCGGCCGCCCACGCGGAAGGAGAAUCCAGGACGGUGAAAGUGGAAAGAACGCUUGGAAGGAGAGUGUGGUAGAGAAUAGGACUACAAAAGCAAAUAUGGAAGAAGAGAAGAGCAAGGAACUCACUUGUGUGGAGAAGGAUAUGGACUUACUGCUGGAGUGCAUUAAGCAGGAACUAAACUCAUACAACGCUCCUGCUAUAAAGACUGCUUUGUUCUCAGUUGUUUCAAUUUGUCAAGAAAACAGCCGUGCAAGUGUCUACUUUCAAGAUAUUGGUGGUUUGAAGUUGGUACGUGAUCUUGCAAUGUCAGAUGCACCCAGCUCAUUAAAAGAAGUUGCUCUGUAUACUGUAGGAUCUCUAGCCAAAUUUAAUGUCCUCUGUCAGCAAAGUCUCUGUACUCCUGAAUUGUUUGACGAAAUGAUGACGUUCAUAGUUGAUGAAAAGUCCAGCGUGAAUUUACAAACAGUGUCUGUCUCCGUUCUAUUGGCUGUGGUUUCAAAGAACAGGGCUGGACAAAUGCUUCUGAGAGAAAUGGGCUGUAUUCCUGUUCUGAAAAAGUUAUUCAGAGAAACUCUCACAGAAUCUGAAAUUGACUCCUCGAUCCAAAGCUGUCAGGAGAAAUAUUCCCUGUGGUAUGCAGUGUGCAAUGCUCUGACUGCAGCUGUCAAUAAUCCUCCAAAUGAGGAAAAUCAGAAGAUUUGCAGUUCCAUUUUGCUGUGUGCACAGACCUUGUUAGAAGCACAAAUCAAGCCUGACGUAGUUCAUCCCCUUAGCUUAUUUAUUGGCCUCGUAAUGGCAGGGAACCCACCAGUUCAGGAAUUCUUCAUAUCUAUUGGUGGAUUGGAUGGUUUGGCUGACAUUUUUACCAAGCUGGUCAGCAAUUCAAGAGAGAGUAUUCCUAGUGCUAAGAUGGCAGUAGCGGUGACAAAUACCCUGGGUGUCUGCAUUGCCCAUAACCCUCCUGGUAGUAGAAUUCUAGCGAAGCAUGACGUUGUGCCCAAACUUUUGACUUUGCUGUUCCUGGAGAGUCUGGAUUCUGGAGAGAAAACAAAUGUUCUGGUUACUCUUGGGCAUUGCAUCGAGUCGUGUGAGCAAAAUCUGAAUCGCCUUCUCCAGAGCAAUGGCCUGAAAUUUAUCAUCGAAUCCUUAGCUGAGUCUCAUUACGAGAUUUUAAGCAACAUCGUUUUUAUUGUGCUGCACAACUGUAAAGUUUUGGCUGAGAAUUUACUCGAUAAGCUUCUGGCAUUCAUUCCGCAAGACGCUCCUGAAAAAGAACAACAAAGAAAAGCUCUUGGCUGCUUGAAGAAAACAGAAAACACCCUGCUUAAGGAACAAUUUAAAAGAGAAGAAGAUGAGGAACAAGGCCCUAAAACAGGAGUUGUUGGAGAUUCCUUGCUGGAAGGCAGUGACCAAGAAAAGGACCUUCCAAAGCAGCAUCCUGAGUUAGGUGCUCAGAUUUACCACCCACCUGCAGACGACGAGGUCAAGAGUCAGUCAGAGAGGCCUGAAGGGGAUCCCGCAAGUACUCUUACUAGCGAGCGGGAACCAGUUGGAAGCGAACCUGUGGAGCAUCCUGCUCCCGCAGUUGAAAAGUCGAGCGCAGCAGCCACCAAAACAAGAGCAACCCGAAAAUCCCUAAAGAAGGUGCAGAAGAAAAAGUAGCCACCAUCUUGACCACAGUAAAGAAACCGGGAAACCACUGGAAUUCAACUUCAUGGUUUUACCCAGGAAGAAAGACUGCAGUGGCUCUGGAUCAUAAACACUACGCAUUAGAGAAAUUGAGUGAUAUGUAAUUCCUGAAACCGUUUUUAUGUAGAGAUUUUUUAAAAGUAUAACUCUUAUCCAUUUUAGGCAGUUCUCUUUUAAGCAAGUUUUGCCUUGCCGAUCCAGGGUGGUUUCACUGCAUAAUAUUCAAAUUGGGGAUGGUGAUAUUGUUUCUGAAAAAGUCUUGUAGUUGCAGGAGUUCUGGAGACCAUUGUUUAGCUUGCUCAAGAAACAUGCCGAAAAGGAAGAAACAGGAGUACUUACUGCUUUUAUCUGUUUUCAAAUAUGCCCUUUGUUUUUCCCAAGACAAAUGAUUAACAGGGGCAUAGGUCACUAAAUGUUUAAAUAGGAUUUUUGAUGUUUUCAUUGAAUUUGAUUAUUAAAAAGUGUUCUUAGUGAAUCACAUAAUUUGUGGGAUGUUAAGAUGUCAUUCUGCCUAAGUCUUUGAGAACCAAACUUACCACUGAGGAAGAAGUUAUGGAGCCCAUUGUUCAAACGCAUUUGCAUCACUUCUGGCCUGAUGGGCAGAAGAGAAUGUAAGGCACUUUUGAUCAAUGUGUACUUUAAGUAAGUUAGAUGAGAUGUCAUUAAUAAAUUAAAAGGUUUUUUUCCUCCAGAAAA